UCCCGCCGCCUGAGUGGGCGCGGCGCGGGACGGCGGCGCGGGGUGCCGGGAGCCAUGGGCUAUUGCAGCGGCCGGUGCACGCUGGUGGCCGUGUGCGGCGCGCAGCUGGUUUCUGUGCUCGAGAGGCAGAUAUUUGACUUCCUUGGUUAUCAGUGGGCACCCAUCCUCGCAAAUUUUAUACACAUUAUUAUUGUCAUACUUGGCUUAUUUGGAACCAUCCAGUAUAGACCUCGUUACAUAACAGGAUAUGCUAUCUGGCUGGUCCUUUGGGUUACAUGGAACGUGUUUGUUAUCUGCUUCUAUUUGGAGGCUGGAGACCUUUCAAAGGAAACAGAUCUCAUUCUGACCUUUAACAUCUCAAUGCACCGUUCUUGGUGGAUGGAGAAUGGGCCAGGCUGCACCGUGACCUCAGUUACCCCAGCACCCGACUGGGCACCAGAGGACCAUCGUUACAUCACUGUCUCGGGCUGUUUCCUUGAGUAUCAGUACAUAGAAGUGGCUCACAGUUCUCUUCAGAUCUUCCUUGCACUGGCAGGCUUCAUCUAUGCCUGUUAUGUUGUGAAGUGUAUUACUGAAGAAGAGGACAGCUUUGAUUUCAUAGGUGGAUUUGACUCUUAUGGCUAUCAAGGUCCACAGAAGACAUCUCAUUUACAGCUACAGCCCAUGUAUAUGUCAAAGUAAACAUGGGGACUACUCAAGGUGGGCUGGAGGACUUUUCAAAAUAUCUUUCAGGAUGGCCUCCUGGUUCUUCAAAAAGAAAAGAAAUCCAAUUGUUGUUCUACAAAUAGUGUAUAAAAGCUGAUUGAACAGUGAGACAGAAAACAACAGAGACCUUCAGCCUCUCUUUCUAACAGGUACUAAAGGAGAUGCCCCAGACCCCCUCCUUGGACCUCCUGCCUGGCAGCACCAGUUGGACACAGCAGAGGCAUUGGUGCCACCUUUUGUCCCUUUCUCUCCCCCGCCACCGCCAGCACGGCCCACCUGGAUUAAGACAUGAACCCAGCCCAGGCAGUGCUGUGGGAGCCUCCUCCACACUCCAGGCCGUGCUGAGUCUCCUCAGCCCACACAACACUCAAAUACCAGGAUGACCUUGCAGCAGAAGUCAAUAGACAGCGCAUUGUUUGCCCUGAAGGCUGUACAGUUCAUACUUGCCUUAACCCAACUGCGUUGCACAUUAGAGAAACUACGUGCAAGCUUUCUGAAGUUAACAUGCUGCUGUUGAUUCUGAACGAUUUCUAAGUCAGUGGUUUUCUUCUGUUUGGUUUUGCUUUGUUUUCAUGUCAGGGAAUAAGGCUCUGUUGCUCCAUGGCUCCAGAGCAACCAAGUAGAAAACUGCCAGCUGUCUGAUAAGUGCUUUACUUUUGGGGCUCCACAGUGGUCAAGGAACAGUUUAUAAUGAUUGAAAAGAAAAAUGAAUAAAUAAAUAAAUGAGACCUUUUGGGGGUCAGGGUGGGGAAAGGGGUAACAGAAACUAAUAAUUGAACCUACUGGAAAUAAGCAGCAGAAACAGUGCUUCUUAAUCCCGCUGGUUUUAUUUAUCGCACUGUAGGUGCUUUUAUAGCUAUCUAAACAUCUUUUACUAACUACAGACACAUCUGCAGAUUUCUAUGAACAAAGGCCAACUGAAUAUGUACUAGCUAUGUUUACUCUUUUAUAACUUAUUUCAACUAAAAAUUCUCUGUAAGUGAAUUUUUUUUCUAAUUACACCAUAAGGGAUCCACAUAUUUUGUUUUUCAAUUUUGGUUGGAGAGGGCAGGGAGGGACUAGUUGAGUUGAAGAAAUACUGAAGACCUUUUUGUGGUAUAUUUGGGGGAUCUGUUGUGUGUUAGAACGUGUAUUUACCUUCCUGUAUUAUUGUGGCUGAAAAAAAAACUCUGUGCUGUUACGUAGUUGGCAACAAGAUGCCUUUGGGAAUUUUGCUAGUAGGUCAAUGUGUAUAUGAAAUACUCUGAACUCCUAGGAACAUAUGUUUUAUUCUACAUCUGAUCUGUAUUUUCAAGAACGUAGAUGGCUUUCACUAGGAAAACCCAAUAUUUUGCUCAGGUUUUUCAGGAACUUGGAUUGUCAUUGUUUCUUUGCUCAGACCUUGCAUAGACAAACGCACGCACCUACCACACCUGAGGUGACCACGUAGCUUUUGAGGGCAAGAGGGAAGGUCAGCGCUUGGAAAUGCUCGAGGCACCCCCGAGCAGCUCCCUUGUCCCUGCUGGCCAAACCCUUGCUCCAAAGGCCUGUGUGCUCACACCACCCACCAUCCCUGUACGAGCCAGUGCCCUUUGCUGUGCCUGCAUGGAUGUACAGCAUCACAAGCAGCAACUCUGGACAAUGACAGAGGAACAGGCGUUCACCAGUGAACACAAGAUAUAGGACAUGUUCAGGAACUAUACCUACAUUGAUCCAGUGAGAUUUAUAUAGAUAUAGAUAGAUAUAUAUAUAUGUAAGUGUGUGAAUGUGUGUGUAUGUCUAUGUAUAUAAAAUACACAGGACUAACUAUUGCUGGGGGCUGCAUCACCCAGGAAGAUUCUGAUGCAGUGGACUGGGGGUUCCCACCUCAGAUACGGCUGGGAAUUUCAUGCAUGAAACAUGAACAUCCCCUAGGCCUGAUCCUGUAAAGCAUUCAUUGCUGAUUUGGGUCUCAAACUUAAAUUUUCAUAUGUGGGUACCUGAAAAUCUGAGUUCCUACUGGAUAGAGCUGCUUUUCACCCCCUGGAAGCUCCAUGCAACUUCCAAGUGACAGGAUGAAAUUUCCAAUAACUUGAAAAAUUAAAAAAGUUUCUACUUUUAUGUAGUAUUAAGUAUAGGAGAUGUAUAGUAUAAAACACAAUGAAGAGGUUUAAAUGGGAUGAAAAUGUCAUAACAGGUUAUUUUAUCUUUCCCUGUAUACCAGUUAAUCAAAAUGAUAUUUCUAUAAAAAUCAUUUUUUAACAUGAAAAGAAACCAGUUUAGGCACCUAAGCAGCAAUCCAAUUUUCAGGAGAUAAUUUUUCAUACCUUUCAGUGAUUUCCCAUGGAACAGCAGCUACUGGUAGUUAGCAAUUUUAGAAGUCAGACAAUUUAAUGAAGUGUCUACACGUAGCUUAUAGGCCUGAUUUUAAUUUAGAAAAUUUUGGCCUUAAUUUCUCUGUGUCUUAGUCUUCCCAACUAUAAUACGGGAAUAAUAUGUGCCUCACAGGCUUUUUGUGAGGUCUGAAUUGUUAAUGUUUGUAAAAUGCUUAGGAAAUAGGAAGCACAUCUAACUACUAUGGAUUGCAAUAUAAAUGUGUAUUCAUAUAUUACAUAUAGAGUAGAUACACACACUCACAUACACACAGUAUAUAUAUAUAUAUGUGUAUAUAUAUAUAUAUACAUACAUACCUAUAUGUAGUUGGUAUUCAUAACCCUGCUUAAGUUGCAGCUAGAGCACCAUCAUUAAAAAAAUUAGGACUGUUGACUAUUCAACUAAACAAUUAGUGAGCAGAUCUCUUCUGGAAGCAGUUUAGAGCACAGUAAUGUGAGAAUAUCUGGACGGCAUUUUUGAUUUGUACAGCUGUAUCCUCCUCAAAAUCCAGUAAAGAAUGUUAUUUUUCUAGGCUGGGCUUUUGUUAUAAACUAAAAUAUUCAGAAGGCAAGAGGUACAAUCCAAAUGUGUCUUUUUUUUUCUUUCCUUUUUGACAUUUGUUAAUUCUGAAUGUAUUUUUAACAAAAGUGAUUUUUUUGACUUACUAGUGUAAUUUGCAUUUUAAAAAAAAUAAAUGGAAAAAAUAUAGGUUUCCAAGCUAUUCAUGGCCCCCUGCUGCUAUUCAGAACUUACA